UUCUCUCAGUCUCUCUCUUUCUCCGACCAUUAUCCCCCUGGUCCCCUGUGGCCAACACCUCUUCUGCUGGGUUCCUCAAGCUGGUCGCUCCCCAUCUAGGAGAAGAUGUCAGCCCAGGAGAGUUGCCUCAGCCUCAUCAAGUACUUCCUCUUCGUUUUCAACCUCUUCUUCUUUGUACUAGGCAGCCUGUUUUUCUGCUUUGGCAUCUGGGUCCUCAUUGACAAGACCAGCUUUGCGUUCUUUAUAGGCUUGUCCUUCAUGCCACUGCAGACCUGGGCCAAGGUCCUGGCUGUCUCCGGUGUCCUCACCAUGAUGCUGGCCCUCCUGGGUUGUUUGGGGGCUCUGAAGGAACUGCGCUGUCUUCUGGGCCUGUACUUUGGAAUGCUGCUGCUCCUAUUUGCCACACAGAUCACCAUGGGGAUCCUCAUCUACACUCAGCGGACCCGGCUGGAACGAAGGGUGCAAGAGCUGGUGCUGCAGACGAUCCAAGGUUACGGCGCCAACCUGGGUGAUACAGCGGCUGAGGAGAACUGGGAUUACACGCAGUUCCAGCUGCGCUGCUGCGGCUGGCACUCUCCCCGGGACUGGAUCAGCGCCCGCAUGCUGAAAGGGAACGAGUCUGAGGGGCCCUUGGUGCCCUGCUCCUGCUACAACUCCACGGCGACCAAUGACUCCUCAAGCUAUGAUAAGCUCCUCUCCCAGCACUGGGGGACCGCUGACCUAUGCACUCUUCCCGCAAAAGCUCCCUACUACCGCGAGGGCUGCGCGCAGAGCCUCCGGAAGUGGCUGCACAACAAUCUCAUCUCCAUAGUGGCUAUCUGCCUGGGAGCUGGUCUUCUUGAGCUCAGCUUCAUGACGCUCUCAAUAUUCCUGUGUAGAAAUCUGGACCACGUGUAUGACCGGCUGGUCCGGUACCGCUAGGCCUGGCCCGUCGCAUUGGCGCCCACACCUCCACGCAGCCAAGAAAUGUUUCCUUCCUGGCUGGUCUUAAGGCUAGUGCCUUGGGACUCAAUCCCUGGGGAUCCAGGUGUCUGCCCUUACUGACAGCCAUCACUUCCCCCAUGGGGCCAGGGCCUUCCCUCUGUCCCCAGCUUCCUUCCCCAUCCCCUCCUCUCCACACCAUCUGUCUGCCACCUCCCACACGAUACC